AUGCCACCAACCAGAUGUACAAACUCGAAAUACGAGCUGCAUUCUGUUAUAAUUGAUUACAGUUCAGAGCAAAUUGUUGCUAUUAGACUAAUGUAUAUUGUGUGUCCACAUUGCAGUGCAUUGAAAUUCAAAAAUGAAGCUCCUGGAUUGUGUUGCGCCAGCGGCCAAGUCAAACUGACGCCAUUGGUACCACCACCAGAGCAACUAAAGUCAUUGGUUUCUGGAAAUGGGCCAGAUUCUAAUCAUUUUUUGACUCAUAUGCAGCAAUACAAUAAUUGCUUUCAAAUGACAUCAUUUGGCGCAACAAAAGUUAUUCGAGACAAUUUUAUGCCUACUUUCAAGAUUCAGGGUCAAAUAUAUCAUCGAACAGGUUCCUUAUUGGCAAUGCCUGAUGAAGACUAUAAAUUUUUGCAAAUAUAUUUUAUGGGCGAUUCAGCAAGAGAAGUCCAUUAG